AUGUAUAUGCUGGUUGGCCUGGGGAGCGGAUUUCACAAUGCAGCGUGGAAUGUAUGGAUCGGGAACAUGGCAAACUCGCAUGAAGUACUUGGUUUCUUCCAUGGAUUCUAUGGCGUGGGGGCCACAAUAAGCCCUCUUGUUGCUACGAGUUUAAUCAUUAAGGCCGGAUGGCAAUGGUACUCGUAUUACUAUCUGAUGACCGGGGCAGCUGUGAUCUCUCUAAUUUACUCCACUGGCGCUUUUUGGGCUGAAACUGGUAGUAAAUAUCAAGAAGAGAAUCCCAGUUUCCCUGGCAGAGGAGGAGCAUUCUCUCAAACACGUGUUGCCCUCACAUAUAAGGUCACCUGGAUAUGCGCCGUCUUCCUCUUCCUCUAUGGUGGAAUCGAGGUAGCAAUCGGAGGUUGGAUUGUUGUCUUCAUGACGAACGUCCGACACGGCGACCCAUUUCAAUCUGGAAUGGCAGAGACAGGCUUCUGGCUUGGCAUUACAGUUGGUCGGUUCGUGCUAGGGUUUGUGUCGCCACGAAUUGGAGAGAAGUUAUCUAUUGCUAUAUAUAUCUUGCUUGCAAUUGCUCUUGAGCUCAUCUUCUGGCUCGUUCCUGAGUUUAUCGUGUCCGCGGUUGCGGUUGCAUUUGUUGGAUUCUUCAUGGGGACUAUCUUCCCUGGAGUUGUGAUUGUGGCGACAAGAUUGCUACCGAAGAAUCUUCAUGUUGCUGCUAUUGGAUUUGCGGCUGCCUUCUCUAUGGGCGGUGGUGCGGUUUUCCCAUUCAUGAUUGGCGCCAUUGCUCAGGCGAAGGGGGUGACAGUACUGCAACCAAUCUUGCUCGCCAUGCUGGCUGUGUCAUUGGGAAUUUGGGCAAUGAUAUUCCGACUUCCUCAGCACGAGAUCGUAUUUAUGAUUAUAUCAAAUUUUGAUUUUGAUGAAGUUGGGAUUAAUGAAGGUGAUAGGCCGAGUAUCGCGGUGAACCUGCGGCAAGUCGCGUUGAUUAACGCGCUAUGGAACAUCCCGCCCUCACGAACUCCUCCAAACCCCCAACGCUCCUUGACCUACCUCCCAAAGUCCGCUGAAUGUGUCGGUCUUUUCCUCGGCUACUGCAGGGAUCUUGGCCGAAAACCAAGAUAUUUGGAUCCAGAAGAUAUGGCUAGGGCAACUGAGACACCUGGGCCGGAGACAAAGCCGGCGGAUAUCCUCAAUGGAGAUGUACCCUUGCCUGCUGGUCAGGCAGAGGCUGCAUUGGACCCGGAAUCAGAAGAAGACAUCCCCGUUGAUGCGGAAGAGCUAAAAGAGGCGCUCGGCCGACCACCUCCGGUGAAUAGUAGCUACCUUCCUCUUCCCUGGAAAGGCCGAUUAGGAUAUGCUUGUCUAAAUACGUACCUUCGCUAUUCAACUCCCUCCGUGUUCUGUUCUCGAACAUGUCGAAUCGCCUCUAUACUCGAAAACCGACACCCUCUCCAAGAUCCUGACCAACCCACACACCCGAUUAAGAACCGUCCAGACCGCGACCAACCGGCCGAUGUUGCACGCGGACAAGCCUUCGUCGAGGGGCUGGCCUUGGCGAAUGCACGCGAUUUGGUCAAAAUCAUUCGUUGGAACGACAAAUAUGGCAUCAAGUUCAUGCGACUCAGUAGUGAGAUGUUCCCAUUUGCCAGUCACAAGGAGUAUGGCUAUAAGCUGGCGCCGUUCGCCUCGGAAGUGCUGGCAGAUGUGGGCCGUGUAGUUGCAGAACUUGGACACCGGGUGUCAGUUCACCCUGGCCAAUUUACUCAAUUUGGAUCACCGAGGAAGGAAGUUAUCGAGAAUUCUGUUCGUGAUCUCGAGUAUCAUUCGGAGAUGCUCCAGCUACUCAAACUUCCCCCACAGCAGGACCGCGAUGCGGUCAUGAUCCUUCAUAUGGGGGGAGUGUUUGGUGAUAAGGCUGCCACACUGGAUCGGUUUCGAGAGAACUACGCUAUGUUGUCGCAGGACAUCAAAAACAGAUUGGUCCUGGAGAAUGACGACGUUAGCUGGUCCGUUCACGAUCUAUUGCCUAUCUGCGAGGAGCUGAAUAUCCCUCUUGUCCUCGACUAUCACCACCAUAAUAUUGUUUUUGACGCUAAUGAGGUCCGAGAAGGCACCGAGGACAUUAUCCCUCUGUACGAGCGUAUAUCAGCAACAUGGUCUCGGAAGAAUAUCACUCAGAAGAUGCAUUAUUCCGAACAAACCUCACCCGCCAUCACCCCGCGCCAACGGCGCAAACACAGUGCUCGCGUUACUACGUUACCCCCUUGUCCGCCUACCAUGGACCUGAUGAUUGAGGCCAAGGACAAAGAACAAGCCGUAUUCGAGUUGAUGAGGAACUUCAAACUCCCCGGCUACAAUCUUGUGAACGAAAUAAUACCAUUCAUGCGCCUUGACGAAAACCAGCCAUUCAAACCACCCAAAAAGUCCAAGAAAAACGGGGGCUUCGUGGACCUAGAAGGCUCAAUACCGCCGUCUCGCACCAUCCCAGACGAAGAAGUCGGAAUGGGUGGACCAGACGGCAGAGUCUACUGGCCCGAGUGCAUGGAAGAAUGGCUCCGACCGGCAAAGAAAAUCGUGAAGCCUAAAGCUACACCAAGUCCCAAGAAAGGCUCUUCCAAAAAGGGUAAGAUGAAGUCUGCCGCGGACGAUGCUCCCCUAGAUACCCCCAUCAAGAUAGAAACGCCAGUAAAAAAACCCGCCAGAGCCACGAAACGCACGCCUCCAUCGAGCAGGUCUCGCAAGCGCAAGGCUUCAUUGAUUGAGUCUACCCCAGAGUCUGAAGAGACUGAAAACACUGAAGAGAUCUCGGUGGAAUUGGAAAAUGCUCCGGCUUCGAUAUCACUUUCUCGACGAAGUUCACGCGUGAAGAAAGUGAAUUACACCGAGGACAUUGCAUAA